AUGCAGAAAUCGGCAAGAACUUUGGCACGGCGAUCUAGUUUUAAGCCUUCAAAGAGUUUGACAAGGUUGUCUAGUACAAAAUUCAGGAGACCUAUGAUGAGGAAAUCUUCUGGUGGAAGUGACCUGAAGAAAAAACUGAAGAAGUCAAGAUCAAUCAAGCUUGCCAACCGAUCUUCCAUUGUUUUAGCUAGCGAUGCGGAUACAUCAGUGGAUUAUUUGAAGGCAAAAAACUGUUCUGAUGGGAGGAAUGUUCAAUUUCAGGCAAGUCUCCAUUUUGAAUCUACUUUGAAUAGCAACAAUGAGGAUAGGAAAAAAUCAAGUAAUUCAAAGCAGAAUUUGGCUUCUUCUGGUAACAACUCUAUGAGAGUCAAGACAAGAACUUCCACAUUGAGACCUGUAAGGUUCUUAACAAAAGUGGCAAGCAUAAGAACAAAGAGGCCUUCCACGAAGAAGUGUUCUCAAAUUCCAGACGCAGGCUUACAGAAAGCCACAUGUUCUUCGGCCAUCAAGGACUCCAAGUUUCCAAAUCAUCUUGAGCUGCAACCGGGACGAAGUGAAUCUGAAGGAAAUUCGGCCAUGAAGGUUUGUCCAUAUAGUUAUUGCUCACUUCACGGCCGUCGCCAUUCUGCUGUGCCUCCACUUAAACGCUUUGUAUCAAUGAGGCGACGUUUGUUAAAGACCCAAAAAAGCAUGAAAUCAGAAAGUCAACCCUCUCGAAGAGCGAAACGUUCUAGUAAUGCAAAGAAGGGAACUCAGACAAGUCAAUUGACUUCUUGUGGAGACUCAGCAGUUCUAGAAACAGCCCAUAACAAGAUAGCUGUCUCUUCUUCCACUGGCAGAACAGAUGGACCUAGAGCGGAGUCAGAGAAAGAAGCAGGUCACGGUGGAGAUGACAAAGAUUCCAGUAAUGUUACAAGUGCCACUGAGAUUCAAACACUUCCAGAAGCUGAUGAAGGUAGAAUUGCAAGUUUGAACUUGGAUGUGUACAAAGGUGAUUCACAUUUAAACACUGCAAAGCCAAAUGCUUCAACAAGCGUAGCUGAUGAACGACUCAAUAAAUCCAGAAUCCUAAACCUGAAUAGAUUUGUGGAGUCCAGAGCAAUCACCAAUAUGAUCUCUUCUGCUUCCAUUGGUAAGCCAUCGCAAGAGGAAAUGGCGGCCAGUGAAGAAAAGAACCAAGAUGCUGCUCAAGGUCAUCAGUUCCCAAGCGCAGAUUCUGAGUGUGAUUAUACAGUGGAUAUAGGCCACAAAGCUCAAAGGGAAAAACAGAAGCAUAUGGGAUUGUGGAACCUAAUAUAUCAGCAUAUGGCAUCUGGUGUUGCUGCAGAAGAUGGAAUCCAGUCACCUCUUAAUAAAGCAACCAAGGAAGAUGAGAACAUAUUGCCUGGCAUGAACAAAUCUGGUACUUUUCAGGAUUUUUCUAGUACAGAUCAAAGCAUUGGUGAGGAAGAUCAGGAUGAAUGCAACCGGAAAAUUCAGCAAUACAAAUGUGAUGCCAUCAAGUUGGUUCAAGAAGCAUUCGAUAGAAUACUCUCAGAAAUUCCAGACCAGUCAUCGGAUGAUCAAUCAAUUAAUAGUGACACAACUUCAGACAAGGAGCUUGCAGUAAGGGAUCAUGGUGAGGAUGGACAAUUAAGCAUCUCAACUUCCUACGGUUCAGGUGGAGACAGCAUUGUGCAGGAACCAGAAGAAUUGAAGCAUGAAGUUGAUGAUGCCUUUGAAAGAGAGAAAGCGCAAUCUAGGAUGGAAAGCAAGUCUAACCAGCAAACGCCCAAAAGCUGGAGUAAUCUGAAAAAGAUACUUAUUCUCAAGAGAUUCGUCAAGGCAUUGGAAAAGGUGAGGAACAUCAAUCCACGGAAACCACGGUAUCUACAUGUAGAGGCUGACCCAGUUGCAGAAAAAGUUCAUCUGCGUCGUCAAACCAUGGGGGAGAGAAAAAAUUCAGAGGAAUGGAUGCUUGAUCAUGCACUUCAACAGGUUAUUUCUACAUUAGCCCCAGUUCAAAAGAGAAAGGUAGCUCUGAUUGUACAAGCAUUUGAGACCGUCACCCCACUCACAGAAGUUGGUACUUCGCCAAGUUCCAAUAUAGAAGCUUCUUCUCAUACAAGUCUACUUAAAACCAGCACUGAUGCCUCUGAAGGCAACGGAUCCAGCAAAGAAAGAGAAACUAUUUUCGGAAUCACUCUUCGUAAGACAUCAAGCCUUGAAACAAGCUUCAAACAGAAUCAAGACCAAGCCAGUGGCUUCUACAAAGUGAAAAACCACAUCCGAGGUUCUUGUCCUGAGCUGAAAGAAACGAAAGCCGAAAAUGGUUGCAUUCAUACAGCAUCGAGUAAUUCGUCUACAGAGAACACUGCUGCGGACUUGAAGAACGAAUUUGUUGCUCUCAAUCUUGGUAAUGUUGAAACUAAUUCCAUUCUCAAAGACGAUGAAUCCAAUUUCGUCAACCGCUGUUUGGUGGAGGAUGCAGAUUCUAAAUUAUUUGACAAGCCAUUGCCAAAGUCAGCUGAUAUUCUACAAACUUCUAAUGAGGAACUAGUGAUAAAUGGGAAAAUUCUCCAAGAGGACGCCAAAGAAGCAAGGGGAGUUUCUGCCUCAGAGGUAUAUGAUUGUGCUUUUGGAUUAAGCUGCCAAAAGUCAGACAUCAAUAACCAAAAAGACAGAACUUGUGACGAAUUAGAUGAACCCAAAAGCCAAACCCCAAAAGAUCAUGAGCGUUCCAUUGAAAGUACCAAUGUGGUUUCUUCAUCUUCAGUUUCUGCACCACUAGAGGAAUCAUCUGAAGUUGCUGGAGAAGAAAAUAAGCUUGAGAAUAAAUUCCUCCAAGGGUCCAACCUGCUUGGCGAAUCAGAACCAGGUUGCACAACUGAUGUAGCACAUGAAAAGCAGAAACAUAGGAAGUUCUGGUUCUUGAUAUAUAAGCACAUGGUAUCAGGUAAUGCGACACUACUUGAGGAAGCAGGUAAAGGUAAGAAAGAACAAGGGGGUGAUGGAAACACAUUGGAGAAUGAUGUCGCAGACAAUCAAAAGAUCAAACACCAGCAGAUUGAAGCCAUAAGGCUGGUGGAAGAAGCAAUUGAUCAAAUCCCUCUUCCAGAAUUUCAAGAAGAUGAUCAAUCAGUUGCCAGUGACAUAAUUCAAGAUCCAGACCAGGAGCGCAUUAUUGAAAACAAACCUGGAGAAGGAGGGGAACCUUUCAUAUCAUCUUCCUUUGAACGCAAAAACGAGAGCUUUGGAGAAUCCAGCAGCACAAAAGUAGAGGAGAGCACCACACUGAAUCAACAAGAACGGCAGCUCAAUUCUGAUAACAUCAGUGCACAAGGAAAGGCAAAAGCAACACUGACAGCAGGAAACAAACCAAAGCCGGCUAUGCAAAAGAACUGGAGCAAUCUGAAAAAGGUGAUCCUCCUCAAGAGAUUCGUUAAGGCAUUGGAAAAGGUGAAAAGAUUCAAUCCACGGGAGCCACGAUUUCUGCCCUUGGACCCCGCAAGUGGUGAAAAGGUUGAUCUAAGGCACCAAGACACAGAUGACAGGAAAAAUGCUGAUGAAUGGAUGCUUGAUUAUGCACUUCAACAGGUUGUUGCUAAACUGACUCCGGCUCGGAAAAGAAAAGUGUCAUUGCUUAUAGAAGCCUUUGAAGCAGUCACUCCUAUUGGAAGUUGA